UGCGGCCACACAGCCCGGCUCUCCGCUCGUGUUUUUGGGGUGGUGGGUGUGUGUGUGUGUGUGUGAAACUUUAUCUCCACUGUGCGUGUGCGUGUGUGCGUGUGCGUGUGUGUGCAUUGCGCAUUUUUUGUUGUUGUUGUGGGGGGGACACAACUUGCUGCUGCGGGGAUGGACUGAAGCAACACAAGUGGACAAAGUGUGGAUACUUUAAUAAUAACGAGGAGCGUGUUUCUGCAGAGAGAGAGAGAGACACAGAGAGACACAGAGAGAGAGAGAGAGAGCAGUGUCUCUGUGGGUUGAGAUCCCAUCAUGGAAGAGGACGACGGGCAUCACGAGAACGGCAUCCACGCCACCAGGGACUCGGACCGGCAGCAGCGGCUCCGGCUGUGCGUGCUGACGGAGGUCCUGAACACGGAGCGGGACUAUGUGCGGACUCUGCUCUUCCUCCAGUCGGCGUUUUUACAAAGAAUCCGACAGACUGCAGAUGACCAACAGUGCCUCUCACCCGAACAUGUCAAGAUUCUGUUUUCAAAUAUUGAGGACAUCCUGGAGUUGCACAAAGAGGUGCUGUCUGCAGUGGAGAACAGUCUGCAGCCCAAUCCCCAUCCUCAGCAUGCACUGGGACACGUGUUCCUGAAGUUUAAGAAGAGUUUCUCGGUGUACGGCGAGUACUGCAGUAACCACGAGAAGGCUCUGCGACUUCUCGUGGAGCUAAACAAAAUCUCCAACAUCAGGACCUUCCUGCUGCACUGCAUGCUACUUGGAGGGAAGAAAAGCACAGAUAUUCCCCUGGAGGGCUACCUUCUCUCCCCCAUUCAGAGGAUUUGCAAGUACCCUCUUCUGCUGAAGGAGCUGCUGAAGCGGACCCCGAAGAAGCACGCUGACUAUCCGGCAGUGGAAGAGGCUCUGCAGGCCAUGAAGGCCGUCUGCUCCAACAUCAACGAGACCAAGAGGCAGAUGGAGAAACUGGAGGCUCUGGAACAGCUGCAGUCGCACAUCGAGGGCUGGGAGGGAACCAACCUGACAGAUAUCUGCACGGAGUUGCUGCUUCAUGGAAAUCUCCUGAAAAUCUCAGCGGGCAAUAUCCAGGAACGUGUCUUCUUCCUGUUCGACAACCUUUUGGUUUACUGUAAGAGGAAGUCCAGGGUUUCUGGAAAGAAGUCCACCAAGAGGACCAAGUCCAUCAACGGGCCCCUCUAUGUGUUCAGAGGCCGAAUCAACACCGAGGUGAUGGAGGUGGAAAAUGUGGAGGAUGGAACAGCGGACUAUCACAGCAACAACUACACGGUGACGAACGGCUGGAAGAUCCACAACACGGCUAAAAACAAGUGGUUUGUCUGCAUGGCCAAACACGCAGAGGACAAGCAGAAGUGGCUGGAUGCCAUCUUGAGGGAACGGGAGCAGAGAGAAUGCCUCAAACUCGGGAUGGAGCGGGAUGCCUACGUGAUGAUAGCAGAGAAGGGGGAUAAGCUCUACCACAUGAUGAUGACCAAGAGUCGGCACCUCAUUAAGGAUCGACGCAGGAAGCUCAGCAUUGUGCCCAAGUGCUUCAUGGGAAAUGAGUUUGUGUCGUGGCUGAUGGAGAGCGGAGAGAUCAGUAAGCCUGACGAAGGGGUCAACCUGGGACAAGCCUUGCUGGAAAAUGGCAUCAUUCACCACGUGUCAGACAAGCACCAGUUCAAGAACGAGCAGGUGUUGUACCGAUUCCGCUACGAUGAUGGCACCUACAAGGCCCGCAGUGAGAUGGAGGACAUCAUGUCAAAGGGCGUCAGGCUGUACUGCCGCCUUCACAGCCUCCACACGCCUGUCAUCAAGGACAGAGACCACCAUCUGAAAACCUUCAAAUCUGUGGUGCCUGCCAGCAAACUGGUCGAAUGGCUACUCUUGCAGGGAGACUACUCGACCCGAGAGGACGCGGUGACGCUUGGCGUGGGGCUCUGCAACAAUGGCUUCAUGCACCACGUCUUGGAGAAGAGCGAGUUCAAAGACGAGUCCCAGUUCUUCCGUUUCUAUGCGGACGAGGAGAUGGAGGGAACCAGCACCAAGAGCAAGCAGCUCCAGCGCAAUGACUUCAAACUCAUCGAAAACAUCUUGGCCAAGUCCCUGGUGAUUCACCCUGAGGAAGAAGACUACGGCUUUGAGAUCGAGGAGAAAAACAAGGCCAUUGUGGUGAAAUCUGUCACCAGGGGCUCACAUGCUGAGAUGGCUGGCCUGCAGGUGGGCAGGAAGAUCUUCACCAUCAACGAGGACCUGCUGUUCCUCAGGCCCUUCUCCGAGGUGGAGACCAUGAUCAGCCAGUCCUUCUGCAUACGGCGCUCCCUGCGGCUGCUGGUCGCCACCAAGGCCAAAGAGAUUGUGAAGAUCCCUGACAACCCGGACAGCCUGUCCUUCAGACUCUGUGGCUCUGCCCCUCCUCAUGUCCACGCUGUCAGGAAAGGCUGGGAGGCAGCGGGGGCGGGUCUUCAGCCUGGCCAGGUCGUCCUGAAGGUCAACGGCAACAACGUCAACCGCAGCGACUACCAAGAGGCCCUUGAGCACUUCGCCGCGCAGCACACGCACCAGGAUCCUCCCAAAGCGUGUCAGUGGGUGUAUCGUGCAUUCGAAGAUGUGGAAGAGCUCCAAAGAGAAAGGGGUGCGGGCGAAAAGGUGGAGAGUCCUUUCAGUCCUUAUCCAGUGGAGAACGGUUCUGACCACGAGGAGGAGAACGGCACCAAUGGAACAGACCACCGGCUGUGCAGACUCUCCCUCUCCAAUGAGCUGCCGCUGGUCAGCAUGACGGUAGACAACGUCCACCUGGAGCACGGCGUCGUCUAUGAAUACGUCAGCACCGCCGGCAUCAAGAGCCACGUCCUGGAGAAGAUGGUGGAGCCCAAGGGCUGCUUCAGCCUCACUGCUAAGAUCCUGGAGGCAUUCUCUGGCGAUGACAGCCUCUUUGUUCGUAACUGCAGCCAGCUCAUCUCCCAGAGUGACCGAGUCGUUACCAUGCCUCAGUACGAGUUCAGACAAAUCUGUGACACCAAGCUGGAGAGUAUCCGACGGCGGAUCAGCAGCUAUCAGCAGUUCGCCCUGGAGCUGAGGAACAAAGCGUGGCCCUCCUUCAGGCAGGCCGGCGUACGCCCUCACCCGCUGGGCUGCAUGGACUUUGUUCCCACCAACUGCCACGUCAACUUCAUGCAGGUCUCCUACCCCAAGAGCACUACCACGGCUGGCAGGACAUUCAGCAUCCGUUUUGGGCGCAAGAACUCCCUGUAUGGCCUGGACCCUGACCAAGCACAACUGAACCCCAUGUCCCACACCCAGCACUGUGUGACCAGCAUGGGCGCUCCCUCCUGGAGCUGCUCCGGCAUGGACGGGGACGAGGCGGACGGCAGCGAGGAGGUGAGCGUGGAUGGAGGCGACGGGUCGAUGGACAGUCGGCGUGGCGGCCACGGGGAAGGCGGGUUGAGUUUCCUGCUCAAACAGGAAGACACGGAGACCCAGGACGCCUACAUUCACCUGUACAGCCGCCUGGACGUCGCUGUAAGGGAGAUGAGGCAGUAUGUCGCUCAGAUAGAUGUCCUCUUGUCGUCUAUCACCGAGCCCACGGAACUCCAAGGGGAGGGCGGGGAGCCUCCGACCUACGAGCCCAGCCAGCCGCCCUCUCUGGCCCCCUGCGAGGACGGCUGCGACCAGGACAAAGUUGAGCAAGGCGGCAUUAAAAGGGUCUGCUUCAAGGUGAACGAGGAUGACCAGGAGGACUCGGGCCACGACACGAUGAGCUACAGGGACUCCUACAGUGAAUGCAACAGCAACAGAGACUCAGUCCUGUCCUACACCAGUGUGCGAAGUAACAGCUCCUACCUGGGGAGCGACGAGAUGGGAUCAGGGGAUGAGCUGCCGUGUGACAUGAGGAUUUCCUCGGACAAGCAGGACAAGCUGCACGGCUGCCUCGAGCACCUUUUCAACCAGGUCGACUCCAUUAACAACCUACUCAGAGGAACUGUCAUGACCAAGGCCUGUGAGGAGACCAAGCACUUUUACUCUGACCACAGCCAACCAGAGUUCCGACAAACAGAAGAUUGGACGGUUCGUUGUCGCUACAUCAUCCACAAGAACAUCCAGGAGGACCCUUGGAACCUGCCCAACUCUAUCAAAACCCUGGUGGAGAGCCUGCAGCGAUUCGUGGACGAUGGAAAGAACCAGCUACUCCUGGCUCUGCUGAAGUGCACAGACACGUCUCUGCAGCUGCGACGGGAUGUGAUCUUCUGCCAGGCGGCGACGGGCGCCCUGUGCGCGCUGGCGGAGCAGCUGUUGGCGGCCCUGCGGUCGCGGUUCAACAACGCCGGCGAGUACCAGGAUGACGGCAAGGAGACCAGCCGCAAGUGGCUGGAGCAAAUAUCUGUCAUUGGCGUGCUGCUGCACUUCCAGUCCACGCUGGCGCCACACCUAAAAGAAGAGCGGACCAUGCUGGAGGACACCAAGGCAGCCCUGUUGGAUUUGGACAAAGUCACUGUGUUCUUCAGGCAACUGGAGGACGAGUGUCUAGUCACAAACACACCAGUGUGUUACCAGGUGGAGGGCAGUCGACAGGCGCUGAGGGUCACCCUGUACCUGGACAGCUGUCACUUCAGCGAGCUGCCCACCCGGCUGCAAAAUGGAGGCAGCCUCAAGCUGCAGACCGUCCUCUUCACCAGGGCACUGGAGCGUCCAGAGGGAGUUUCCCAGCAGGACUACUCGGCCAUGGAGGAGUUCCAGCAGCGCACCAACGCUGUCUCACUGGAGAAGGUCAAGGCCUACUACCGCAGACUCAGGGCUUUCUAUUUGGAGAAGUCCAACCUCCCUACGGACUCAAACACCACAGCAAUGAAGAUAGACCAGUUGCUGCGACCCCUCAACACGCUGGACGAUCUGUGUCGACUAAUGCAGUCCUACGUCAACGUGCGCCCGAGCACCCAGGGCCACCCGUCGGGUGUCAGCGUGCUGUGUGUGUCCUCGGAGCUGUGUAACCGCCUCGGAGCCUGCCACAUCACCAUGUGCGGCACAGGCAUGCAGAGAUGUACCCUGAAUGUGACACUGGAGCAGUCCAUGAUCUUAGCCAGGAACCACGGCCUCAUGCCGCGCUGCAUCAUGCAGACCAUGGAUAUAAUGCGCAAACAGGGAGCAAGAGUUGAGCUCUCUGCUAAAAAUCUCAAGGUAAUGGACCAGAUGCCUGCAUCCUUCCCAAGACUCUUCAAGCUGUGUUUGCCACCUUCAGAUGGAGAUUUCUAAGGAAACCGUCACUUCAGAGAAGCCAUCAGAGAAAGGGUGAAUGUGAAAUAGGAAGACAUGAUGAGAGAUGACAAUAACCGAAGUCUCGCCGCUUUCUUUUCCAAGAGACGUUCCCAAUGGAAAGACGGUUCCCCCCCUGCCACACUGCCCCGGUUACACAAGAUUCAUUCCAUCAUGGAUACCACUAAAGUUCUCAGUGCAAAGUACAGGCUAAACAAGACUGUACAAAUUACUAAUGACAGUUACUAGGGAGCACCUACAGUGAGACUGAUGCAGCCUGAAGCUCCAGGAAAGUCAUGUACUGUUAUACUGGGAAGCCACCCAGAUAGAAGUAUCAUCCCUGUGUCUGUUUGUCUACACAAGGCCGAUAACUGGUGCAAAAAUGUUCACAACAUAAGUGAAAGGGAGAGGCCAGUUUGAGGCCUCAUACAGAAUACACCAACAGUGAUUACGCUCCAAACUGAGCUGUAACUAUUAACUGGAUUAACCAAACUACCUAUAGCUGGCUGUCAUCCUAAAUGAAGAUGCUAUCCGUUUUGCCUUGGACUGCAACUCCAGAGAGCUGUCUCUGUCUCUCGGUUUGGGCUGGUGUUCCCCAGGGCUCAAUGUUUGGACCCCGAGUCAAGUAUUAUACUUGAAUACCCUUGUAUUCAUUUAUGUAGCUUAUGUAGCUUCAUGUGACUGAAUAGAUGCAGAAAAGGCUAGACAGAGAGAUGGAAGUAGGGAUCGAGGGACAGAUGAAAAGAGGGAUGAAAAAAUGGGGGGCGGGGGGGCUGCUUCUUUAGCCCUUUGCAUGUGGUUACUGUGCAAUUACUGUAGGUUUAGUGUGAGUACUGUAUUACUGCACUAUAUGAAGGAUAGUUAUUUAUUGUAUCCAGAAGGAGCAUUUUUUUAUCCCUUACUUCUACUAUAUCAGGUAUUAAAGAAUCUAAAAGCAUUCCAGCCUACGUAAUGAACAGUAUUUAAAGGACCAAUGGCAUGCCAUUUUUUUUCAAACGUAACUGCUUGUGUAUUUAAUUUAUAUGUUUGGAUUUUGAUCACGUCAGGAAGUGUUACGUUGAUCUUCAGGGAGAGCAACAGAGGGAAGAUGAACAGAAGCUAGCUAAUCAGAAUCAGGACAAAAGAAGCUAAAGCAAACAAUACCAGGCUGCUUGUCAAUAAGCAGCCAAGUCAACAGGUUGUUAAAUUAUUAAUAUAUUAAUUCAAAUGUACUAGUUGAAGGACUGCCUUCUGUUAACUAAGACAUUAUUUAGAUUUUUUAAAUUGGUUUUUACGCUGUCUUGGAACUGUUGUAUUCACUGUGGGAAUUAAAACAAGCACAAUAAUUGGUCCAUUCAAGUUGCAGUGUUAGCAAAACGUACUGUAAGCAGUUCUUCGAUGUCGCAAACAAAGGGAUCGUUUCAGGACUGAAACUCAGUAACAUUAUUUCACUGUAGAUUUUAAUUUCUUGUAUAUACAAUCUAUAACGACGUCAGAGGGGAAAAAAAGGAGAUAGGAUAUGUCUGAGUAAUGCUAUAACUUAAAUUGGAUUAUUUUUAUGAAGAUAGUAUAGUAUAUAAAACCUUUUGUAAUCCCGCCUGUGCGUUUGAAGAGAAGCGGUUUCUCUCUGCUGAGCGUAACCUCACUGACAACUCGUUGUUUUUGACUGUUAAAAAGAUUCGACGAACAUUUCAUGAAUCUCGUCUCGACAUGCUGCACUCAUUAGGCUGACCACUUGGUCCUUUUUAUUUAUUUAAAAGCAGUCUGGUUCCAAAUGAGCAUGCUCCAAUAGUCUCUACACAUCCCUCGGCAUUAGCAUGGCCUCUGUAAAUUUGCAUCCGUCUUAUGGCACAUAAGACUCAGCGGAUAUUUGCAUUAUCAUUCCCAUUAUAAAAUUCACUUCACAUUGUAUAAACUCCCAAUGUAGCAUUAGUUACCAUAAUCAGGUUAAAAGCAUGCGUCACCAGUUAAAACUGAUCUAAUGACUGCAGCAUGUUGGUGUAGCUGGGAAAAAAACAAAUAUGUCACUGAUUACACAUUUAUUUACAUUAUUCUAAUGUUUUUUUGUAUAUACCUUAUUUGCAAUUUUUAUGUUGCUUGAAAAUAACUGUACAAAGGAUCUUUGUUGAGUCUUUCUAAGAUUAUUGUAAAUUGCAAUCUUAACAAGCUAGUAAAUAAAA